UCCAAACAGGGCCAUCCCCAUCUUUGUGUGUCCACUCUCUCUGGAACCCUAACCUCCCAUCGCAUUCCUCCUCCCGACGGCGCCCGACCCUCCCCAUCUCCCUCCCUCAGAUCUCGAUCCGCCGCCGCCCCCACCCCACCAUGGACGACCACGGUAUGGCACUCCACGCCUUCCCUCCCUCUCCCGGCGCCGCCGCUCCAGCCCUCAUCAUCUUCAUCCCCCGGCGCCGCCGCUCCUCCACUCCACCUCUCCUUGCCUCGCUGCGAGAGAGAGAGGACCCGCCUCACUUUUCUGAUCUCAACCCGCGUCGCAGCUCACCUCGCCGGCGGCCAUGCACCACCACGACGAUGAUGAGGGCCCCUUCAACGACUCCAGCCCCUUCCUCCCUGACCCCGCGAGUGGCGUCGGUGACUAUGGAAACUACGAGGGGGAUCCGCAUCCGCCGCCACGGCCGCCCCGUCGCGGCCCGGGCUCGGUCUCCAGCGGUACCGGGCGGAGGAAUCGAGGCGUUACCUAGCGGGCGGGCGGUAGGGGGCUGAAGCUGGGUUGGUUGGACAGUGGCCGGCUCAGAUCCAUGAGCGCGGGACCAAUCUAGUUCACCGACUGAUGCCACGGCAGGGACCAAGGCUGACGUGCCGGCACUGACGCGCACCAGUAUGACGACCCGGAGGACGCCGCCAUCGCGGUGCUGCUUGACUCCCGCUUCGAUGGAGACAAGGUCGAUGCGGUCAAACGCCCUCCUCGCCCUCCUCGCCCAGGGCGUCGACGUCGCCCGCCUCUUUCCCUAGUAUGGAUUCCCAGGUCAAGCUUGAAGUCAUGGUGAAGGUGAUGAUAUGGGUUUCCUAUCUUCAGAAGUAAAAUGUUUGCUUGCUACCUUCUUUAGGGUGCUAGCAUUUGGCUUCUAUGUGCAAACAUGAUAAGUAUGUAUACUUCUUUGAGGUUCAAAUUCUACAGAUGUUGCAUAAUAUUGGUGUCAAAGUGUCUCUCCUUAGGGAUUCAUUUAAACCGCAUAUGAGCUACUAAAACAAUUGUUUUGCUGUUCAAACAUGAAAUUGUAGUUCUUUGUGUCAAACAUCGAAAUGUUGUUUACCUUGUCCUUCUAUGCUUAAAUAGUAAAAAUGUCGCAUUUAUAGGAUUGUACACCUGAUUUGAUCGGAGUAGGAUUUACUCGCUACUCAUAGUUACUACCUGUAUUCACUGAUUUCUAUGCAUCAUUUUGCUUGUUUUACUCUUAUUUACAUAGACAGACUGUAGGAAAACGUUGCAUGGGAAACAAAAAAAUUUUCUACGCACACGAAGACCUAUCAUGGUGAUGUCCAUCUACAUAGGAGAUUUGGAUCUACGUACCCUUUUAGAUCGUACAACAGGAAGCGUUAAGAAACACGGUUGAUGUAGUGGAACGUCUUCACGUUUCUCGAACUGUCUCAUGAACCGUCCCGCGAUCCGUCCCACGAUCGGUUCCGAUCUAGCGUCGCACGGAAGACACCUCCGCGUUCAGCAUACAACUCGACGAUGAUCUCGGCCUUUUUGAUCCAGCAAGCAAGAUGGAGAAGUAGAUUAGUUCUCCGACAGCGUGACGACGCUCCGGUGGUGGUGAUGAUCUACUGCUGCAGGGCUCCGUUUGAGCUCCGCAGAAAUCCGAUCUAGAGGUAAAACUUCGUGGUAUAAGUUUGAGUUGCACGUGGCAAAGAUGUGUCUCAAAUCAGCCAUAAGCCACCAAUAUAUAUAGGAGGGAGGGGAGGGCUAGCCUUGAGGCCUUGCCUCAAGGGUGCGUCGGCCAAGGGAGGAGGACUCCUCCAAUUCGGUUUGGGAAGGAGGAGUCCUCCUCUUCCUUCCCACCUCCCUCUUUCCCGUUUUCUUUUAUUUUCUUAUGGUAUUUUCUUAUGUGGCGCCAUGGGCCCUUGGAUUGACUCCACCAGCACACUAAGGACUUGUGGCGCCACCCUAGUGCCUUGGGCUCACUCUCGGGUGGGUGGGCCUCUCCCGGUGAACUCCCGGAACCUAUUCAUCACUCCCGGUACAUUGUCGGAAUUGCUCGAAACUUUCCGGUGACCAAAUGAAACCAUCCUAUAUAUCAAUAUUCGUUUCCGGAUCAUUUUGAAAACCAUCGUGACGUCCAUGAUCUCAUACGGGACUCCGAACAACAUUCGGUAACCACACAUAUAACUCAACUCAUUACAGGAAUCAGGGAAUUUGCCGUCUGGCUGAUCUUUGCCGUCUGCUGGCUGAUGGCAAAGAGAUUCUUUGUCGUCAGCUACCAGCAAACAGAUGGCAAAGAACUAACUAAUGGCAAAGAUACUCUUUAUCGUCAGCCUAGGGCCUCUUUGCGUUCUGCCUCGACCCCUUUGUCGCCAGCUUAUCCCCUGGCGGAUGACAAAGGGGACGGCCUUCUAACAGCGCCCCAUCUCUCCACCCCCAUCUGCCCUCCCUCGAUCCCCAUUCUCCCUCUCCCAGAUCCACACCCCUCUUCCUCUCCUCCCCGCUCCCAUCCGACAGGCAGAAUGAGCCCCCGCCCCAAACCCUAGCCACCGGGGAGCUGGUCUGGGCCAAGACCAAGGGCCACCACCACUGGUGGCCAGCGCGCCUCCACUCCCCCUCCACCCACCCAUCCACUGAAUCCCCACUCGUCUCCUCCCUCGGCACCGAGUACUCAAAUGACCACCACCCCGCCGCAGCCGUCAAGCCCUUCCUCCCCGCCCCCGAUGUCGACGCCUCGCCCGUGCCAACACCGGCCUGACGUUCAUCGCUGCCAUCGCCCAUGCUUGGGCCAUCAUCGUUGGGAUGCCCCUGCACGCGCGACCCUAACUCCUCCGACCGACUCCGAAUCUACCGACAAGGUCGUCAUCACCACCGUCACCAACCUCGAGCCCUGCGGCUUCCUCGCCCCCUCGCCAGCGCGGCCCGUGUGCGAGGAGUCGGGGUCCCGGGGAUUCACGUGGAGCACGUGGACAUCUCCGCCCUGCCGCUGCUCAACACCGACCUCGAGACGUCUUGCCCGUCGUCGAGGCCGACCUCGAGACGUCCUGCCCGCCGUCGAGGCCAUCCGCGACCGCACCUGCGCCGCCGACUGCUUCCUCUUUGGCUCGCCACGCCAGAGCAAAACUACUCCAUCGCAAGUAAUUGUUGCCCGCCCGCUCCUCCCCACUCCUUAAUUUCAACCUUGUUUUCCUGCCAGGUACUCUCGGAUUGCUCAAGCCAUGUAAGUAUCUCCCAAAUUGGCACUUUGUUGCUGCUGCACCAACUGAAAUACAGAGUUAGUAUUAGUGGUGAGUAUAUUUUGGCCACAAAGCAGGGGGAACCCCUUUUGUAAAGAAAUGGAUACAGUUUAUAAGUUAGUAUUAGUGGUCAGUAUAUUUUGGCCAACACAUGUUCUGAUGUUCCCUCUCAAAUUAAACUAAGGAUUAUGUUAUGGUUUCUUGUCGGUAUGGGUAAAUUUUGGCUGGCUUUGCCAAAUCAUGCAUUUCUGUCUCCAUAACUGCGGAGUUUCUAUUCCACAAGGUGGAUUCAUAUUUGGUUGUUCAUGGUGCAAAACUAGUGGGUUCGGUUCGAUUGUCAUGAUGGAAAUUUGGUGGAUAUCUUUCCCAUGCCGUUGUCAUGAUGCUUAGUUAGUGGAGUCCUGUCCGGACAUGACCGGUUAGUAGAUUGUUCAUAAAGUAGAAUAGAAAAUUUCUUAGGCCAACUUAAAAAAAAGGAGCCCAUUUUGUCUGGUCAGUAAGCAUGUCAACAUCAAGUGUUAGAACCUCCUUUAUUCCUUUCUUGCAGAUUUUAUAAAGAAAAGUGUGUCAAUAUUCUGUCAUGCCCUUUUAAUUCAAUUUAAUAUGGUUCUGUGAUAACUGCUACACCUGAGAAAUGCCCAAUUCUACUGCACAGAAUAUAUGUACCUUCCCUCUACCCUUGUCCAGCAGAAACCAACAUUCAUGUACUUGUUGCUCUAUCAAGUUUAGUUCACACGAGUGCCCUUCACAUAACAGGUCCAUAUCUUACUAUUCCUUUUUUUAGAAAAGGAGUUAAAGCCCCGGCCUCUGCAUCAAUCGAUGCAUGCGGCCAUCUAUUCUUGUCUUCCAGUAGUUUAGUUCACACCAUAUCUGGAGUACAAAUCAAGUUUAUUGCUAAAAAUAUUUAUUAUGAUGGAACAUACAAAUCAAGUAUUAUUUUUAUAUUAAACUAAAAAAGAAAUGCAGAUGUUCCAGCUGGUGGCGUUGACCCGCGACAAAUGUUUUCAGCGGUUGGUCUUGCUGAGAGGGUUAUUGUUCAUGUCGAAUGUAUGUACACAUGUUUAUGUCCAAUACUUUAGAUCAUUCUUUGUUUCCCUCCAACGGGCUAGACUUUGUAAAUGAUUAAUUGACAUGUUUGCUUGAGUGCAUGUAAUUGUUUUUCUUCAUCUAGUUAUAUACUCCAGUAGUUUAGGUCACACCAUAUCUGGAGUACAAAUCAUGUUCCCUUCAUCUAGUUUAGUACAUGACGUACGUGAGCAAACCAUGUGGUGUUGUUUGGGCAUGCUUCUUUGGAGCAGAGUUCUUUUGUAGUUUAACAUGGAUUGCUGACUUAGUAUUUAGCAUAGCUGUAUUGGAGUUGGACCCUCAACUUGUCACUCUAAUCAUCUAUGAAGAUACUCCCAUAGGUGAGGCAAAGUACCCCUAUUCUCCCUCAAUUUAUUCGCUGAUUGAUAUGUAUACAGCUAAUUAGAAUGGUCAUGCACUCAAGCAGUGCAUGAGUGCAGACAACUGCUUCACGCUUCAAAUAAAAUUCCAAGAAUUCGUUGUGUGGUUGCAACUAACUUUUUAUUCAGGACAAGUUUGAUCAACUAAAUGAUUUGUUGUUCUUUACUGUUAGUGAGAAAGGUUGAUACCAUGUUGUUUGUUUUGCAACAUAGGGAAGUUCUUUAGUAGGACAUGAUUCAGUUUUCUCAUCCGAAUCUGCACUCUAAGUUAGCUCUCAACACCUCGGAGUCCUGAUAGAGGUAUACUACCUCACAUCAAAAUUUUCUAUGCAAGCAGGCGCUAGAGUCAUGGGCUUGUUAUGAUCUACUAAUUAGGUUUCUGCAUAAAAUUGCUAUCUCUUUGGCUAGCGCCGAUAGAAGACGUAUGUUGGUUCAGCAAUGCCAAAAUUGCAUAGUUGGAUGAUGUUUAGGAUUGUCCCAGUUGUAUCAUUCUGCUCGCAUAACUUAGUGUUAAAUGUGCGACACUUAUUUUGGGACGGAGGAGUAUUUCUUAGUAACAACUUUAUAUUAGGUCUGCAAACUAAUUACUAUUGUAACCAGCAGCACACCCUAUCACC